UCAGUCAGAGACAACCAUUGAACAAACAGAGAAAACCAUGGACCAGCCCAGAUUUUAGAAGCACAAGCAGUCAAGAUGCAGAUAAUGACGGGACCACAGGGUCACCGGCGGACAAUCACUGAAGCUCCUCUCUUCUUUCUCCGGUCUGAGCAGCCGAAGCUCAGAGCUCUGAUCUCAAGUUUUAUCGAACCAUGGUUCACGACAUGGAAAUGGACAAGCAACAAGCGCGUUAUUGCAUCCGUCAGAAGCAUGUGAUCAUCAUCUGUGUGACGGUGGUGGUGUGCUCAUUGGCCGUGGGCCUUGGAGUGGGACUCUCUAGACCAAAGAGCACCACCUCCAACCCGACCCCUACGGCGCCGACUACUACUACUGGGAGCCCUCCACUGGGCAGGGGACCCUGCACGCCUUCCUCUGACUCCAGUGGGGACUGGAGGAACUUCCGUCUGCCCACCUACUUGAAACCCGUCCACUACGACCUCCACCUGGAGCCAGACCUGGUGGAAGACACCUACUCCGGCAGCGUGGACAUCCAUGUGGAGGUGAGCAGGCCCACACACCAUGUGUGGCUUCACAUCAGGGAUACGUUUGUCAGCAGCAUGCCCAGAUUAAGGAUGCUCAACAGCAACAGUCAGCGGAAGGAUGUAGCAGUGAAAAGCUGCUUUGAGUACAAAGCCCAAGAGUAUGUGGUGGUGGAGGCCCAGGAAGAGCUGCCCGUCACCGGUCCCGGGGAGGUGUAUGUGCUCAGUCUGAGCUUCCAGGGCUGGCUCAACGGCUCAUUGGUGGGCUUCUACAGGGUCAUCUACACAGAGGACGGCGUCACUAAGAAGAUUGCUGCAACUGACCAUGAGCCAACGGACGCUCGCAAGUCGUUCCCCUGCUUUGACGAACCCAACAAGAAGGCCACUUACCAGAUCUCUAUCACACACGAUGUUGACUACCAAGCUCUGUCCAACAUGCCAGUGGAGGGGACCCCUCAACAACUGCCUGGCAAUAAAGUGAAGACCAGAUUUCAGAAAUCUGUUUCAAUGAGUACGUAUCUGGUAUGUUUUGCCAUACACCAGUUUAAAAGUGUGGAAAGAACCUCUAAGCGUGGAAUUCCCCUGAAGAUCUACGCUCAGCCAAGUCAACUGGCAACUGCAACAUACGCAGCUGACACCACCAAGGUCAUCUUUGACUACUUCGAGGAAUAUUUCAACAUGACAUACUCCAUUGGAAAACUGGAUAAGAUAGCCAUCCCUGACUUUGGCACUGGAGCCAUGGAGAACUGGGGCCUCAUCACCUACAGGGAGACAAACCUGCUGUUUGAUGAGAACCAGUCGUCUUCCUACAACAAGCAGCGAGUGGCCAGUGUUAUCGCUCACGAGCUGGUUCAUCAGUGGUUUGGAAACAUUGUCACUAUGGACUGGUGGGACGACCUCUGGCUCAAUGAGGGCUUCGCUAGUUUUUUUGAGUACAUUGGUGUGGAGGCAGCUGAACCAAGCUGGGGCAUGCGAGACAUAAUGCUCAUCAGUGAUGUGCUUCCUGUGAUGGUGGAUGACGCUCUCCUCUCUUCUCACCCAAUCAUUGUGAAUGUUUCCACCCCAGCAGAGAUCACCUCUGUGUUUGAUGCCAUUUCAUACAACAAGGGAGCUUCCAUUCUCAGAAUGCUUGAGGACUGGAUGGGAAUACAAACAUUUAGAGAUGGUUGCAGAAAAUAUUUGAAAGACUACCGCUUCCAGAACGCUAAAACAGCAGACUUCUGGCAGUCUCUUGCUGACGUGAGUGGAUUGCCAGUUGCAGAGGUAAUGGACACAUGGACUAAACAGAUGGGUUACCCUGUACUGAACUUGUCUGUCUCAGAGACCAGUGCCAGUUUAAGACAGAUGCGUUUUGUCUUGGAUCCUGAAUCUGAUACCAACCAACCCCCUUCACCUCUUGGUUACACAUGGAGCAUCCCAGUGAAAUGGGAGUCCACAAAUGUCAAGAACAUGAUGACGAUGUUUAAUAGGAGCAGCAAAGAGCAGAUCCUGAGUGACUACUCCCCCUUAGAGGAUGGGCUGCUGAAAGUUAACAAGCAUCACAUGGGAUUUUACAGAGUCAACCAUGAUGAGCACAUGUGGCACCUCAUCAGUCAGCACCUUCAGGACAACCACUCGGUGUUUGAUGCACCCGAUCGCACAGGAUACAUUGACGAUGUUUUUGCUCUGGCAAGGGCAGAUGUCGUAGAUUACGGAGUUGCCUUCAAUCUCACCAAGUACCUGACAAAUGAGACUGACUACAUCGUCUGGGAGCGUGUGGCCUCCUCCAUCGCAUAUGUUAGAGACAUGCUGUCUAGCAAUGAUGUGCUUUAUUCAAAAUUCCAGAGGCUGUUCAGUGACCAUGUGAGGGCCAUCUCCACGCAGCUCGGUUGGAAGGAUGAAGGAACGCAGACAGAGAGGUUACUGAGGGAGACUGUGCUCAACAUAGCCUGUCGGAUGGGAGAUAGAGAGGCUCUGGAUGAAGCGUCCCGCAUUUUUGACCAAUGGAUAGAAGGAAGUCUGAGCAGUGUGCCGGUGAACCUGAGGCUGCUGGUCUAUCGAUACGGCAUAAAGAAGUCAGGAAGCGAGGCCAAUUGGAACACAGUGUUUCAGAGGUACAAGGCCACUACUCUGGCCCAGGAGAAGGACAAGCUGCUGUAUGGACUGGCGUCUGUGGAGAAUGUGGACCUUCUUUACAAACUCCUCGAGGCUACAAAGGAUGAGAGUGUGGUGCGCAGUCAGGAUCUGUUCACCGUGGUGCGAUAUGUGUCCUACAACCCUCUGGGUCAGAGCAUGGCCUGGGAGUGGACCACGCUCAACUGGAACUACCUGGUCCAAAGGUACACCAUCAAUGACAGGAGCCUCGGCCGCCUUCUACAGCAAAUCACCACCACCUACAACACAGACCUCCAGCUGUGGAAGAUGGAACAUUUCUUCAGCCUCACUCCAAAUGCUGGCGCAGGGGCGACGCCGCGGCAGCAGGCCGUGGAGACGGUGAGGAACAACAUCGAAUGGAUGAGGAGGAAUGAGGACGAGAUCAGAGCGUGGCUGGACGUCAACGUGGCCUAAACUCACUUCAACAGACAAACAGAGGAACUGUGAGAACUGUGCUUCCUAGAUUCCGUGGGAACCAACGGUUUCUCCUGUGACCUGAGUUCACACUGGAACAGAUAACAAACAACAGGACACUCAUCCUCCCUAUCUCACAGUUAACCUAUCAGAGUAAAAGCCCAUUUCACAGAUGCUAGUUUCUGACAUGUUUUGCUCAUUGGAGGCAGCUUGUCCCUGUUAAAACACACAGCAGAAAAGCAGCUGUUGGUACAUACUGACACCUGCUGUGCUGGUGGGAAAACCUGCACCUGCUGUAUAACAUCAUCACAUGUGGAGCACGUGAAGGAAGCAGUAAACACACAAUGUUUGACGAUUGAUGCUUGUUAUUGAUAAGUGAAUAAAACAAUGAAACAUA